GAACUUCUUCCAAGGGUUGAAUGUCGUACAUACUCCGUACUCCCUGUCGUCAAGAGAUUUUAUCCUUUCUUCCAAAUGGAAGCAGGCGAUUCUCAUUUCGUCGGAGAACGCAGCUGUCGGGUCCCUUGCCGUCUGCCCGUCCGACGCCUGCAUGCAACUACCCCUGAGCUGCGAGUCCCCCAACGGCAGGGAUUAACUUCCCCAGGCACGCUGAUUCCCGGAUGGGGACUAGCCACUCCGCGUCGCCAUGGUCCGCUUCCCGCUAUUGAACGUUCAUAGCGGAGAAGUCGGGCGUGACCAGGGCGAAAAGCCCAAUCAGCGUCGUGGGCGGAACAGCAACCAGCCUGCCAUGCCUCGUGCAAUCUUAGGCUUCGAGGGAAUUUCAAAAACUCUGCACGCUCCUGGUCUUCGCACCUUUUACUCUUUCACCCAUGUGUCUCUUUUGCUGAAAGCACCGUCGCUCCUUUUUCGCAUGCUUUGCACUUUCGCUCCUUUUGCUUCUACGCUCCUUCACUUAGACCAAUCGAUCUAUAUCUAGCACAUUCGCUUUCUCCCAAUCAUUCUCACGAAACCGUAGAUUAAUUUUUCUAAUCGUCACUCCUUUCAGCUGUUGAGACAAUGCAUUUCUUUAGAACCUUGCUUGCAGCCGCUGCCCUGAUUGCUUCCACUGUUGCUCAGAGUGAAUUGGCGUUCACAUCUUUCCCAAGUGAUGUCCAGGUUGGCAAGCCAGUGGCUGUGACAUGGGCUGGUGGCGACGCGACAAAGCCUGUCACUAUCAAAUUGCGAAAAGGACCUAGUGAUGACCUCAAGGAUAUUGCUGUUUUGACCUCUUCUGCUACUGGAGGAAGCUAUACUUGGACCCCUUCGUCCUCGCUUGUCGACGGCGAUGACUAUGCUCUCCAGAUUAACCAGGGCUCCGACAUCAAUUAUACCAACCUUUUCUCCAUUUCGGGUGGUUCCGGCAGUGCUAUUCCAUCCACAGACUCCGCAACUUUGAGUGCAACCCCCUAUUCUUCUACCUUUGCCACGCCCACUACGAUUCAGCUCACCACUGGUGUCACCACUUCGCAUAUCAGUAGGGGUACAAGCCUGAGCAUUUCCCGGAACGCGACCAUCAGCACCCCUGCUCUUAGCAGCACGAGGGCUGUUACCCUGACUCCAACUGCUGCUCCGACGGAAUCUGAACCUUCUGCUCCCACAUCCACUCCAAAUGCCGCCCCGGCCAUUCUGUCCAGACCUGUUGCUCUUGCGCUUGGUGGCCUUGCCGCAUUUGUUUAUUUAAACUAGGAAUUAUUUAGUCGACUUUUGUUUCCUCCUACUCCCAGAGUAGUGUUACUUUUAUUUUAUUUCGUUUUAUCUCUGUUAUGAUAUACCUCUUUGUCAAUGGCUAUUUUCGCGAGAAACUGUGCUUAAUGGGGCUUAUUUAUGGAUUGUGAUCACUUACUUGUUUUAUUGAAAAUGAAGGGGAUGGAAACUCCCUCUUUAGGCUUUCGCUUUGCGGUGUUUUAUUUUAAUCAAAGAACAGAAGAUGCGCAAUUGAUGCUCUUGAUUCUCA